AUGAAAGAUCUUCGCCAAUCACCCAGACUCGGAAGAUCUAUCCCUUCAGCGGAACCAGAUGGUUCUCGUUAUUCUCGUCAUAAUUCUCAUACCAGCCAUGGCACGGAGGAAACGCGUGCACUUUCUUCCACCCCAUCUUAUCAGCCACACAGAAGCAACUCCUCAAGCAUUUCUUCUAGCAAUGACUUUACCGAGAACAAAGAUCACCCAAGGAAGCGUCUUUCGAGAGCAGAAGCCAAGAUCAAAGAGCUUCAAAAUUUUGGUCCAAACCUAGUUGCUCUUGAGGAAAGAACACAAAAGCUCUUCGUGGAUCAGGUCAAUCUCAACUUCAAUCUCUUGAGCCGUCUUAAAAUGCCGCUGCCAUCGUCGUCUCCACAAGGACGUCCUUCAAGAUUAGGGCCUCUUCAACAUCCGCAUACGAAUUUCCCAAAUCCAUCUAAUCCUGGCCAAUCUCUUGUUAGUCACGCUUUUCGGGUCAACUAUGAGGAUGUGGAAAUGAAUGACGCGCCAGAAAUUUCAGAACCAAUCAUGGUUCCAGUGAAACCUGAACGUCAGGACAAAGACGAAGUGGCAACUCCCUGUCCACUCAACAGAUCCUCCAAAGCCGCAGCACCGGUUCGUAUCCCUUCAAGUUCAAGCCAAUUAAUGACUCCAAGUAGGAUAUUCGAGAGUCCACGGCAUACCACUCUCCAAACCGCCACAACCAACAUCCGCGAUCAAAUCGAGCUUGAAAUUUCCCACUUGAUGUUAGCAAAGCAUAACGAACUACGACUCAUCGAAACUGAACUGGCCAAAGCACAGAUAAUGCUUGAACAGCUUCGACGUGUGCAUUUAAGGUCAUUCAACCUUGUCAAAAAUGAGGAGGGACAGGUUUACACAGUCAGGGUUGUGGUGAGAUCAUUUAGUGGAGACGAGAGAAGACAGAAAGCAAUUGCGAAACGACACAGGGAAGAAGAAAAGGCUGCGGAAGAACUAAAGAUAGAAGAAAUGAAAAAAGGGGGAAGUGGCAUGGGUUUAAGGAAUAGAUAUGUGAAGAGGUGA